GGACACUGGUCUCGGCAACAUGAACCUGAAUUUCAGUGGCCUGAGGGCCCUGGUGACAGGGGCAGGGAAAGGGAUUGGGCGUGACACUGUGAAGGCCCUGCAUGCCUCAGGAGCCAAAGUGGUGGCCGUGACACGCACCAACGCAGACCUGGUCAGCCUUGCUAAGGAGUGUCCGGGGAUAGAGCCUGUGUGCGUGGACCUGGGAGACUGGGAGGCCACAGAGAAGGCGCUGGGCGCUAUCGGCCCUGUGGACCUGCUGGUGAACAAUGCGGGGGUGGCGCUGAUUCAGCCCUUCAUGGAGUCUACCAAGGAGGUCUUUGACAGGUCCUUCAAUGUGAAUGUGCGCUCUGUGUUGCAAGUGUCCCAGAUGGUAGCCAAAGGCAUGAUUAACCGUGGAGUGGCAGGGUCCAUCGUCAACAUCUCCAGCAUGGUGGCCUAUGUCACCUUCCCUGGCCUGGCCACAUACAGCUCCACCAAAGGUGCACUAACCAUGCUGACCAAAGCCAUGGCCAUGGAACUCGGGCCACACAAGAUCCGGGUGAACUCUGUAAACCCUACCGUGGUGCUGACUGACAUGGGCAAGAAAGUCUCUGCAGACCCGGGCUUUGCCAAGAAGCUCAAGGAGCGCCACCCACUGAGGAGGUUUGCAGAGGUGGAGGACGUGGUCAACAGCAUCCUCUUCCUGCUCAGCGACAGCAGCGCCUCUACCAGCGGCUCUAGCAUCCUGGUGGACGCUGGUUACCUGGCCUCCUAGGCUGCCCAGAUGCAGGGGACCCCUGGAGGCCUCCCUGGCUCCACUCACAUCAAGACCCUGCCUUCCACCCAGCCCAACAGUUUC